AUGUUGUUCAAGUCCAUUAUUGCCGCUGUGUCGGCCUUUGACAGCCUGUCUGCUGCCGCUCCUGCAAAUAUCCGCGCCUCCAAUGUUAUUGAAGGAAGCUACAUCGUCAAGCUCAAGGACAAUGUCGCUACCGACAAGCACCUUUCAUGGGUCAGCGGUAUUCACGCCAGGCGCAACGUCAAUAACGACGUUGCUGGCGUCGAGCGCGAGUAUAACAGCCCAGCGUUUCAUGGCUACGCCGGCCAGUUUGAUCAGCAGACAAUAGUCGAAAUCGAGAGCAGUCCCGAGGUUGCCUACGUUGAGGCGGAUCAAAUCUGGACUCUUGAGGAGAGUAUGGAAAAGAGAGACCUCACAACUCAGGAGUCCGCGCCCUGGGGCCUGGCAGCCGUCUCUCACCGCCAGCCAAAUGCUACUGGAUAUAUCUACGACACUGCAGCUGGCCAAGGCACCUUUGGCUACGUUAUGGACACCGGCAUACGAGCGACGCAUCGGGAGUUUCAGGGCCGGGCGUCAACCGGCUGGACCGGCUGGCCUGGUGACGACAGGGACAUCUCUGGCCAUGGAACUCACGUUGCCGGUACAGUUGGCGGCGUGACCUUCGGUGUCGCCAAGAAGGCCACUAUCAUUGCCGUCAAGGUUUUCCAUGGCACAACAACAUCCACCAGUAUUAUUAUGGGUGGGUUCGACUGGGCUGUCAAUGACAUUGUUUCAAAGGGCCGUCAGGACAAGUCUGUUAUCAACCAGUCGCUUGGUGGCCCAUUCUCCAGGGCUUGGAACGACGCCAUCGAGGCUGCCUUCACCCGGGGCGUUCUGAGCGUUAUUGCUGCUGGCAACGCCCAGCGUGACGCCUCCGAAGUCUCGCCUGCUUCUGCACCUAAUGCUGUUACCGUCGGUGCCGUGGACAGGAACUGGAGAAUCGUCACGAACUGGCCAUUGGGCCAAGGCUCCAACUACGGCCCGGUCCUGGAUAUUUUCGCCCCAGGCGACGGGAUCGAAUCAGCGGAACCAAACAGCGAUUCCCAGACCGGGCUCCGGUCUGGCACCUCAAUGGCCUCGCCCCAUGUUGCCGGCCUGGCUCUCUACGCCAUGUCUGUGGACGGCGUCCGAGGCGCCCAGGCUGUCACCGACCAUCUCAUCAAGAACUCGGGCAAGGGUGUCGUUACAGGACCUCUGCGCGGUUCUCCUAAUCGCUUUGCAAAUAACGGCAAUCCCAGCCAAUAA